AUGGAUCCUGCCGAUGCCAUCGACGUUUUCGCGUCGGAUACGGACGGCGUGCCUCUGAGCAUCACGCCUUUGGCUGUGGCCCAGCUGUCCGCCAGCGAUGCUGACCGCGAGAGUGACGUCUCGGUCAAGAAACGGAAACGAGUCCGCACGGGCUGUUUCACCUGUCGAGACCGUCAUCUGAAAUGCGAUGAAGCUCUCGGUCAAUGCCAGAACUGCAAGAAAUCGGGCCGCCUAUGCAGAAGAGGCGUUCGUCUCAACUUCGUGGACACUCAGGUGGUUGCGCCCCCGACCUGCGUCACGCCGCCCGCAGGAACUGGUGUAACCUUCCGGGAUGACUCGAGAAUCAUAGCUUCCGAGUACGUCGGUGGUUUUGAGCGGUAUCCUCCGCCUGAACAGGAUAUUCCCCUGGAAGAUGACCGUCAAACAUCCACUCCGGUACAAUCUGGGGCCAACUUGUUCCUCAAAACGCAAUACCAGCUCAGUCGACAUGUCUCUCUGGAGGAGCCAACGGAAAUGUCCCUCAUGCAGGUGUUCGUCAACCAGAUUGGUCCUUGGAUGGAUAUUGUCGAUGAAACGAAGCACUUUACCCGGAUCCUACCUUUGUAUGCUCUCGAAGAGUCUCUGUUACGCGCUGUCAUUGCAGCCUGUGCGGGGUGCUACGUCUCUCUACACCUUUCAAACGAGGCAAGUGAGCGAGGGCGCUACUACAAUACCGCAGCUCUGAUGCUCUCUGACUCCGUAGCAAGCUUGCAUCGUGAUCCGUCCCUGUGCGCAGCAGCGGCACUCAUCAUCGAAGUUACCGAAAUGCUGGUUUUAGGACCAAUCGAGAGCGGAGUCCGUAUUCGUUCUAGCAACUCAGCAAGAUCUUUAAUUAGAGAAUGUCUCUGGACUACCCGCACACAAGGCCUCGGUGGAGCUUGUUCUUGGGUUAGCAUUCUCAUGGAAUUGCUCGAUUGUAUAGUGUUUCGGCAGACAAUAGUCUGGGAUCCUGACUCCUGGGGUAUUGAUAUGAACUUUGGUGUUGAACCAUCCAUUGCCGGAAAUGAGGAAUCAUGGCUGCGUCGCAUUAUCUAUAUUUGCACCAAGGUUUCAGAUCUCCGUUCUUCUAAUGCGAAAGGCAUCAGGAAGUCUACACGUCACGCUGAGGCUCAGCGGUUCCAGCAAUGGAGUCUUUACAAUGAGUGGUGCGAUAGGUGGUUUGCCUCUAUCCCAAGGUCGAUGCUGCCCAUUGGCAACAUACAGCCUUGGCAGAGAAACCCCCAGUCUGUUUUUCCUCAGGUGUGGCUUCUUGAGCGCUCCUCUAUAGUAGCCCAGAUGCUCUACCAUAUUACUCGGAUCAUGCUCCUUGAACUCGAUCCCCUCCGACAGGACCAUCCCUCCGAACUCCAGGAGGAGCAGCAGCGCCAUGCUUACAGUAUCUGCGGCAUUGUAUCAAAUGACCAAAACAACGGAGUCCAUAUUUGGUCGGGCCAGCUUCUUUCUGUUGCUGCUGGAUACUUGAUCGACAGAAAAGCUCAGGAAGAAGUCGUCGCAAUCUUGGACCACAUGAGACGCACUAGCGGGCUGAGUACUGAACAUCUCCGAGGUAAACUCCAGGAGACAUGGGGCUGGCACUCACAGGGACAUCAGCCGUACUCUACAGUGGCUGAUACUGCCAUCGACUUCCACCCGUCUGACGUUGGCCACGAAUACCCCCAAGUCGGUGUCGCGGACCCCUUCUCUCACUCUCUGGUAGAAAACCACUCGUUUCUAGACCAUCAUCUAAACUAUAAUUGA